UUGUGUGUGCGUUCACGUUCACGCCGGCGUCUGUCGUAUAUUUUGUCCGCUAUUAAUAAUAUAUCACAUAUAUAUUAUAAUUAUAUGGUAUAAUUGACAGUUGACAGGACGACGUAUAAAAAAUGGACGAUAUCGUACUGAGGUUGUCUGACCAUGUAUUAGAAAUAAUAUUUUCAUAUUUAGAUUUAAAUACCAUUAGAAAUUGUUUGUUGGUUUGUAAAGCCUGGUAUAGAUUUUUAAAUGAUGAAAACAAUGACAUUUGGCGUAUGCAUUGUAUAAGAAAAUUAGCGCAAGAAGCUCUUAGCUCGGAAUUACUGUCAUCAGUACCCACUUAUAAAGAUAAAUUACGUGCACUGUACCAUGCGUGGAAUCCAAAUGAUUGUUCAAGAAAUAUUUACAUAAAACCUAGUGGAUUUACUCUGCACAGGAACCCGGUUGCCCAGAGUACGGACGGAUGUCGCGGUAAAAUUGGAUUCCGACAUGGACGUCAUGCUUGGGAAGUUAUUUGGGAAGGUCCACUUGGUACUGUCGCUGUGAUAGGCAUCGCUACUAAGGAAGCAUCACUUAUCUGUCAUGGUUAUGUAGCUUUACUUGGUUCUGAUGAACAUUCUUGGGGAUGGAAUCUUGUUGACAAUCACCUGCUACACAAUGGUGAUGCACAAGGAAAUUAUCCUUUACUUAAUAAUGCUCCGAAGUAUCAGGUUGGCGAGAGAAUCCGUGUAAUACUCGAUUGUGAUGACAAUACGCUGUCCUUUGAAAAAAAUUAUGAAUUUCUCGGUGUCGCAUUCCGCGGAUUACCGGACAAAAAAUUGUACCCAUCAGUUACUGCAGUUUACGGUAACACUGAAGUCUCAAUGGUCUACUUAGGGCCACCUUUAGAUGGCUAACACUUUUUUGAUAUUCUAAAUACUCAUUGAAUAAUUUCGUAACUUUAAUUACGAAUUAAGGCGCAUUCGGAAAUGCUCUAGCUCUAGUUCGAGCCAAGCGCUGCCGUGUAGCCAGAGCCAGGUCAUCUCCGAAUGCACCCUAAGUAUAGGAAAUGUUAGGAAGUAAUUUUUCCAUUUUAUAACAAUCAUUUUUUUGAGAUUGUACAGAAAAAUUAUUACUGUGACUUGAUACUCAUUACCUACUAAGUAUUUAUUUAUUUAUUUAGUUAAUUUUGUAAAUAGUUACGUUUAUUAUAUAUUUUAAUAUAAUACUCCAAUUGAAUGUUUUGUUUUCCGUAAUAAUGCCAAAUAUUCCAAUGAAAAAUGAUGUGAUUGUGAAUGAAUUUUUUUAAUAAGCUGCAAUAUUUAAUUACUAUUGUAUAUUAAAAUCGUUUUUAUGAGUAUUUAUAUUGUAUUACUAAUAAGUUUAUUUGAUAUUUAAAGUAAAAACAUUUAAAGCCAUUCUCAGACAGUCCUCACACUUUUUAAAAAUUUUAAAUGACAACUGUCAGACGUAUCAAAAUUUUAUCAAUUAAGGAGGCUCUGAAGUAAUUUUUGUCCAAGCUUUUCUCUCAAACUAAACCUCUAAACGCAAUACUAAGAACGAGGCUUGAUGCAUUAUUUAUAAACUAGCAGUCUACGUUUUGAUUUUCGAAAAAUAUUUAUUUGUUUAAAAGAAAAACGUGAACAAAGUUUCCAUUCACUGCGCAAGUGCAACAAGGAUAGUUCCGUUUGUUGACUUGAGUGUGAUAGAGAAAAAAGUUCAGGCCCCUCUCAAUUAAAACAUUAGUAAAAAAAGACUGUAAUUUCGCUGGUGUAGAUUUAAAAAAAAUUACUCAGUUGAUAUUAAUUAGGAGUCAAACGAAAUUUGGAAAAUAAAUUUCAAUAAAAUCUCGUGUCAAUUUUACAAUUAGAAUUUUCAAAUUUUGUAGCGUAAAAUUUAUUUACUAAAUUUCAUUUGACUCUUAAUUGAUAAAAACUAAAUAAUUUUUUUAAAAUUCUGUCUCGGCGGAAUUGUAAUUUUUUCGAUUAAGGUUUCAAUUUUUUUUUAAUUAGGGCCAUUCUCAAACAGUGCCCCCACUUUUUUAAAAUAUACAAUGACUUUCAAUUGUAAUGACUGUAUUAAAAUUUUGAUAAUUAAUUUAAAUAGUAUAUUACACACCUAGGGAAGUAAAGUAAGAAAUGUCUCAGAUCACAAGUAAUUGUUGGCCGAGGCGAGAAAAAAAAGUUUCAGCAUUAAUGGAAAAAAGGGCAACGCAGUUACAAUUUCGCUGGGACAGAUUUUGUAAAAAAUUAUUUACAGGUGAUAUCAAUUAGGAGUUAAACAAAAUUUGGAAAAUAAAUUUCAGUAAAAUCUUCAUGUCGAUUUUAUAAUUCGAAUUUUCAAAUUUUGUAGGGCAAAAUUUAUUUAAUAAAUUUCGUUUAACUCCUUAUUGAUUUUAACUGUGAGUAAUUUUUUUAAAAAUCUAUAUUUCAAUUAAUGUUUAAACUUUUUUUAAAUUAGUUAUCAAAAUUUUAAUACAGUCAUUACUAUUGAGUCAUUAAAUAUUUUAAAAAGUGCGGGGCUCUGUCGGAGAAUGCCCUUAAUUAAUAAAAUUUUAAUACACUUAUGACAGUUAAAAGUCAUUGAAAAUUUUUAAAAAGUGGGGGGCAAUGUCGAGACUGCCCUUAAUUGAUCUUAUAAAGAAAAAAAAAUAAUUAAACGUUUCCAUGUAAAUAUUUAUUACUCUACAAAAUAAAAAUUUAAUUUAUUGUAGUUUAAUAAUAAUUUUUGUACAGAGUAGUGUAUAUAGCUUCCAUGAACAUGAAACUAAUGAAUGUCAUUUCAUACAGAUUAUUUUUACAUGGCUUUAAAAAAAAAAACUAUAAAUAAAAACGAAAACGAAAGCAAAAACAAAGAAGACAUUUUAGGAUUUAAAUAAAAUGACAAUUACAGAUAAUUAAAUAAAUUAAUUUUUAUUUAAAUGCCAUUUCAUUAUGAUAAUUUAUCUUUACCGAGUGAGUUUUUGUUUGUACACGUGCAAUUAGAUUGUAAAUAAUUUUGUUAAAAUAAUAAUAUUUUUACGCUAGCGUAUGAUAAAAGACAAAAAUAAUAUAAUUAUUUAAUAAUUAAUUAACAAUUAACAGUAAGCGCGGUAUGCGUAGUGAUUUGGAAUUUUUAAAAAUAUUCCAAAGCCAUUUUUACCCAAUCAAAAAUAAAUUUAUAUUAUAUUUAAUUACAAACUUGUAACUUGUCACACGAUUUUAUCAAAUAUACUGCGUAAAAACAUCCAAUCGUUUUUAUUUAUUUGUCAUUCAUCAUCUACUUACUCUAUUAUCGCAACUAUGAGACGUUAUUUAAAAAUAUCUAUAUAUUUUUACUGAUUUAAUUAUUACCAA